ACAGGGGUCCAGGCUAGCGAAAACCUCAAAUUCCUUAAAAAACAACUCAUACCAUUUAAGGAUAGACGUAUCCGAAUUCCAAGGAGGAAGUGAGGAAUGGCAGCCAAAUUAACGACCGAAGAAGAACAGGCUACAAAGCAGUUUCUGGAGGAGAUCACAAAGUGGACCACACAGCAUGGAGUAUCUCCUUUAUCCUGGGAUGUUGCUGUCAAGUUCCUCAUGGCUCGAAAAUUCGAUGUCUAUAGAGCCAUUGAGCUCUUUCACAGCUACAGGGAGAUGCGUGUGAAGGAAGGCAUUGUCAAACUCCAACCUCAGGAGGAGCCACUGCGCUCUGAGCUGCUUAGUGGGAAAUUCACAGUCCUGAGUGUGCGGGAUCCCUCUGGAGCCUCCAUUGCCCUGUACACAGCUAAGCUACACCACCCGAACAAAACUGGCAACCAUGUUGUUCUGCAGGCACUCUUUUACUUACUGGAUCGAGCAGUGGAAAGCUUUGAGACUCAAAGAAAUGGGCUGGUGUUCAUUUACGACAUGGGAGGAUCCAGCUACACCAACUUUGAGUUGGACCUGAGUAAAAAGAUCCUAAAUUUGCUAAAGGGGGCAUUCCCUGCCAGGCUGAAGAAAGUAUUUAUCGUCGGGGCUCCUGUCUGGUUCCGCGUACCAUACAACCUGCUGAGUCUGCUCCUGAAGGAGAAGCUGAGAGAGAGGGUGCAGAUGGUAAGAAUGACAGACCUCCGCCGGCACUUUCCUCGUGAUUGCCUGCCUGAGCACCUGGGGGGAUCACUCCCCCUUGACGCACACAGCUUGAACCAGCAACUGCUGUUAUCACAAAACGGGCGCGUGGAUCCCGUAGAUGAGUUGGUGAGUAUCCCACUGGAAGAUAGCUCCAUCCACAUACCUGGUCCAGAGGCCAUGAAGCUGCCCGAGCUGAUGGCCCACAUAAACAGACUCCAGCGAGCUGGUAUUCACCAGGAGUACGAGGAGAUACGCAAAGAAGCCCCUGCCGGAACAUUCCACCAUGCCCUAGCUGCCUGUAACCAGGAAAGGAAUCGAUAUGGAGAUGUCCUUUGCUUAGACCAAACACGUGUGUGCCUGAAAGCAAGAAGAAAUGAGAAAUCAGACUACAUAAAUGCCAGCUUCAUGGAUGGAUACAAACAGAAAAAUGCAUACAUCGGUACUCAAGGACCUUUGGAGAAAACAUAUGGAGACUUCUGGAGGAUGUGCUGGGAGCAGAACGUGCUAGUCAUUGUCAUGACAACCAGGACAAAUGAAGGUGGUCGUAGAAAGUGUGGUCAGUAUUGGCCUCUUGAAGAGGGUGGGCAGGAAGUGUACGGCCACAUUGCAGUGGUUAAUCAAAGAGUGGAAAAGCACCCCCAUUACAACAAAACCACAUUAGACUUGCAUAACACAGAGAACUGUGAGCAGAGACAGCUAACUCACUUCCAGUUCCUCAGCUGGCCAGAUUAUGGUGUUCCUACCUCUGCCGUUGCACUCAUCGAUUUUCUGGGAGCUGUGAAGAGGCAGCAGGAGAAGGCAGUGAAAGCCAUGGGGUCACAGUGGAGAGGGCAUCCCUCAGGACCACCCAUGAUAGUGCACUGCAGCGCUGGCAUUGGCAGAACAGGUACAUUCUGUGCCCUAGACAUUUGCCUGUCCCAACUACAAGAUGUGGGCACCCUUAAUGUAUGCCAGACAGUACGGCGCAUGAGGACCCAGAGGGCCUUCAGCAUCCAGACUCCAGAACAGUACUAUUUCUGCCACACUGCCAUCAUUGAGCAUGCCCAGAGAGAGGGCUUACUCACAGCCAAUCAGUGAGCCUUCCCGACAGACUCAUAGUACUCCCAGUGCUGACAAAUAAUGGCCCCUCAAGAGCAUCACGCAGCUCUCACCAGGCAAUGUAAUUGUGACAUCGCUGUAUAAAUGUGUAUUUUAUGAAGAAUGUAAAAGGUGCCAGAUCACAUAACAGUUACUACAAAAAAGGCAACAAAACCCCUUUGUGUUAGUCUGUCACUCUAUAUUAUUCAUCAUCUGUAAUGCUGUACAUCGUGA